AUGAUUUUGCCUAUUUAGCUUCUCAGAAGGACAAAGCACCUCUUGUUAAUUGGAGUGUAGCUGUCAGAGCCAACUAUGCUAAAGUGCUCAAUUUCCUACAAUCAAAGAUUUGUGAAGAUUGCGUAAGUGUGGGCUCCUCUCAUCUAAAACCUCAUGUCCCACACCAAAAGGGAUGUUUCUGCAGCCAGUAAGCCACAGGGGAUCCUUUAAUGUUCCCAUUCAGAUCACAAUGCAGAGUGCACGGAGGCGCAGGACCAGGGAGGCCAUCAGUUCAAUUUCUGUCAAAGAAAAGAAAAAAGAGAACAACGAUGCAAAGGGUGGCGACAAAUCCAAGGCCCAGGCCCCAGUGUCCAGUGCUGGGGAAGACCGAGCUAUUCUAUUGGGAGUUGGCAUGAUGGGUUUCUCCAUCCUCAUGUAUUUCGUGCUGGGAAUUACACUUAUUAAGCCAUUCAUGAUGAGUAUUUUUAGUGAGAAGUCAAACUGUACGGUGAUGAGAGCCGACAUCCUUGAAGACUGGAUUGAAUGUUCGUUUAUGUGUGGGGUUGACUGCCGAGGACAAGCCAAGUAUCCCUGCCUCCAGGUCUUUGUGAACCUUUCCCACACAAGACGGAAGGUCCUACUGCACUAUAAUGAUGAAGCUAUUCAGUUAAACCCAAAGUGCUUCUACAUCCCAAAAUGCUUGAGAGAUAGAAACGAACUACUGAGCGAAGCAGAGAAAAUAAAGCGUUCGUUGCACCACUCAAAUGGCUCAGUCUUCCCUUGCUACUAUAACCCAGAAAAAAAGCCAGAAGAUGCCAUCAUGUUUAGGAAGUACGACACCACAAUGGUGUUCCACUGCUUGUUUUGGCCUACUCUGAUGUUGAUUGGGGGGGCGCUGAUCGUUGGAAUGGUCAAGCUCACACAGCACCUCUCACAGAUGUGCGCCGAGUUUUCAGCGGCCCAAGAGGAGACGCAAGCCCUCACGCCAUCUUCAGAAGACUCAAUGGAGAGCAGGCCUAGGAGGCUGGACAAAAUUUUGCGUUGGAGGCCUAAACAGAUGCAACAUGCCCCCCUUUCCUGAAGUAGCCAUGUUGCUUUGUUGAUUUAUUAUUAACUGGUUGCUUAGUGUUUGGAAACCACUUUUGGGGAUAAAUUAUUUUGUUCAAACAAUGCUACCGGACUUUAGAAGCACAAUGAGUUAGAUAACUGACUAAUUUUAUCUUGCUUUUAGUGGUGUUUAAAGUUUGGAAAAAUACUGAAACAUACUUACACUCUGUGGGAUGGCAUGAUGGAUCAAUGGUUAACUCUGCUGCUUCACAAAUCCAUGCUGGUCAUAGUUCACAUGAGUUUUCUUCUCUCACAUCCCAAAACUCUGGUCCCGUGGAAGUGUGCUCAUUCGAUGGAUAUCCUGGGUUGAUUCCUGCCUUGCACCUCAGGCUGGUGGGCUAUCCAGGCCCAUGCAAUCCUAAACUGGAUUUGGCAGGUUUGAGAAUGUUACGUUCUCUGUCCGCUUUCUUUCACUUUUUAAAAUUCAGAGUUGUAGACACCACACUCUGCUCUAUCAAGUGAUAGAAGUUGCCACAGAGACAGCAAAAGAUUGUUUUUAUUCUUCUUAACAGCAUCCUAAUAUCUUGUUAUUUUUAUACAAGUAUCCUAGUAUUGUUCUGCUUUAUAUUUUAAGCUUUGUAAAAAAAAAACAUUUUUGUUAGUACUUUAUUCUAAGGUUUAUAAAGAUUUGCCUAAAACCUGUGUAUCUUUAGCAAUACACUGUUCUCA